UUUGUGCACUUCUCAGAUACUCCGUAGGGAAACACGCUCUACCAAAUAUUGGUUCCACAUGGACACUGGGAUGUUGUGGUGUCGACUAGAGAACACGGAUAAGCUUGUGGGGGAGUUUCUUGGCACAGGACCCACAGUCAGGAACAAGAUGAUAAAAAACUGGGGUGUUGUCGGCGGGAUCGCUGCUGCAAUUGCAGCUGGAGCAUACGUCCUGUGGGGCCCGAUAACUGAGAGGAAGAAGCGGAAGAGAGGUAUGGUCCCUGGUCUGUUGAACUUGGGCAACACCUGCUUCCUAAACUCUUUGCUUCAGGGUUUGGCAGCGUGUCCGUCUUUCAUCAGAUGGCUGGAGAAGUUUUCAGGUCUGCCCUCGAUCCAGUCAUGCAAAGACAACCAGCUGUCUUCAACACUGCUGCAUCUGCUAAAAGCUCUGUCCAGUGAGGAGCCAGGAGACGAGGAUGUUCUUGAUGCAGGAUGCCUUUUGGAUGUUCUCAGACUGUACCGCUGGCAAAUCAGCUCAUUUGAGGAGCAGGAUGCACAUGAACUUUUUCAUGUCCUCACAUCUUCACUAGAGGAGGAGAGAAACAGGCAACCCAAAGUCACACAUCUGUUUGAUAUGCAGUCCCUUGAGUCUCUUCCUGAUGAAGAUGCCAAAGCUUUUGCCUGCAUAAGCAGAGCAGCUCCUCUUCAUCCGAUCCCGGGUCCCUGGAAAUUCCAGCAUCCCUUUCACGGUCGUCUAACGAGCAACAUGUCGUGCAAGCGCUGUGAAAUUCAGAGUCCAGUACGAUACGACUCAUUUGAGAGCCUCUCUCUGUCCAUCCCUCUUCCUCAGUGGGGUCGGCCUCUCUCUCUAGAUCAGUGUUUGCAGCAUUUUAUUUCAUCGGAAACAAUCAAAGAGGUGGAGUGUGAAAACUGUACAAAGAUUCAACAAAGCACAACGAGAAACGGGCAAAUUUUCGAAAGCCAGAGGACGACAUUUGUCAAACAGCUGAAACUUGGAAAGCUCCCUCAGUGCCUCUGUAUCCAUCUGCAAAGACUGACAUGGUCCAGCGAAGGAACCCCCAUCAAGCGGCAGGAGCAUGUCCACUUCACAGAGUAUCUAUCAAUGGAUCGUUAUAAACACAACUCCACACAGAGGAGUCAGCGGUUCACAUUGGCCCAUAAAGCCAAAAAGACAGAAAGUUUGGACACAGAAGAGUCCACAGAAAGGCUUAGAGCUAAUGGGACAGAUGCAGAACAUCAUAACAACAACAAACCUUUUUCUAAUGGAACCUGUUCCUCCGUAUUUCUUCUCUCCCCUGGUUUGAAUCCACAGCGCGGCUUCACGUAUGAAUUCAGCUCCACAGAGUAUUUAUUCAAGCUGACGGCAGUGUUGGUUCACCAUGGUGACAUGCACUCGGGACAUUUUGUCACCUAUCGUCGAAGCCCCGCCCCACCCUGCAGCACCUCGCCGUUCAGCUCUCAGUGGCUUUGGGUGUCAGACGAUUCUGUGCGGAAAGCCAACCUGCAGGAGGUGCUGUCUUCCAACGCGUACAUGCUCUUCUACGAAAGAGUGCGAAGGCCAAACCUCGAUGGACGAUCGGACGAGUGAUUGGAUGAUCAGCCUGUUGGAUGUCUGCCUUUUUGCAUUAAAUACUCAAUUACCA